UUUUACAUCACUUUAUAAUACUUAGUAAAAAAAAAUCAACGCCAAAAAAAGUAAUUUAAGGUAUUUAAAGAAAGUUAAAAAUUUACAACCAUCACGACCACUUUAAAAUGACCUGACACUAUGGGCUGAGAGUGACGUCAUAACCUUCGAGUUCCACGGCUCAGAAUAAUGAGUCCCGCCAGUCGCGCCUACGCUCAGUUUUACGGUUCAUGGGCAUAGAUUUUUUACCUGAUCAAAUAACAUCACAGAGUACUUUUGUAUUUUCAACAAACCAAUGUUGUCAUGGCAACAAACAAACAAAACCAACAAAACAUAUAAAAAUUCCUUGCAAAAAAACAAGCAUAGAACAAGUUGAGAGGUUAUAGGAGGCUAUUGGAAUAUUUUUUAUGUGCUCUCCAUCGUAUAUGUACCGUCUGUGCUCUCAAUCAAGCUGUGCUGCCAUUUACAAGGUUGUACAACAUGGAACUUCCUACUUAUAUGGAAAAAUCCAAAAAAGAGCCCUACAAGUACUGCAUUGUGCCAAGUUGCAGAAAUACAACAAGAAGUGCACCCGACAAAGUAUUUUUUUGUGGACCGAGAGAUGCCGAUCAAAAGAGAAAGUGGUGUAAAAUUAUGAACAGAGACAUGGUAUCUCCAUCAACUUCUUUUUAUUGUUGUGAAGAUCACUUUAACGUGGAAGAUAUGGAGUAUAAAAUGAUGAAUUUGCAAGAGAUUGAAAAAUCUACAUUACGAUUAAAGAAAGGAGUUCUUCCUCACAAAUUUGAAUGUGAAAAGGAUAAUCAGUUGCAGCUACCACCAGUGAGAAAAGAUUUCUUAAAGAGAAAAUAUUUAGAAAUAAUAGAAGGUGCUCCAUGUGCACUUCCUGCUGAACAAAGUGUCUCAUCGUCUGAAAGUAAUUUAGAAGCAGCUACCAGUUUGUCUUCAUCUCACAUACACAUUGAAAAAGAGAACAACCUGCACAUUAACAAGGCCAUUCAAGUAAAUAGUAAAAUAUAUAAAAGGAGUAAAAGUGUCAAUGUCAAUUUGUGUGCAAAAACAAAAAAUGCAGGGGUAUCUCCUAUUUCUAUUCCAUCAAAAAUGACGUCAACAUCUCCUUUAAAAAUAGCUCAGCCACCAGGAAUUAAAAUAAAAUUAUUUGAAGAUAAUACUGAUGUAGCAUCAAAAUCCUCGGAUCAACCUUCACAGCUAUCUUUUUCAUCUUUUGAACCAGAUGAUACAGGUUCAGAAACAAGCUGGAUUGAGGAUGAUUCUGAGAGAGAAUCUCAAUUUAAAAAUCAAAUGCGCAGUUGCAUGUUGACAGCUAUUGAAAACGAGCCCAAAAUGUUGAUAGGUUUACCAAAAAGAUGUUACUAUUUAAUAAAAUUACUUAGCGAAAACAUCCCACUCCAUACAAUAGAUAUUUUAAUCACACUAAAGAAAAUAAAGCUAAAUGAGUCUUUCAGUAUAUUAGCACUACAAUUUGGAUAUACACAGAGUACAAUCAGUAGAAUUUUUUCAAAAAGUGUACUUCUAUUGGCUGGGAAAAUGAAAGAUUUAAUAGUAUGGCCAGCACCUGUAGACAUUUUUAAUAAUUUGCCUAUACCGUUCAGAGCCAGGUAUUCCAAUGUCGUGUCUAUCAUUGAUUGCCUGGAAAUUCAGAUUGAAAAGCCAUCUAAUGCAGUCCACCAAUCACUGACUUGGUCCCAAUAUAAAAAAUGUAAUACUCUGAAAUAUUUAAUUUCUUGUACACCUGACGGGUUAGUAAAUUUUAUAUCAAAUGGAUACAGUGGCAGGGCAACAGAUGUCAUGAUUGUUGAAGAUUGUGGUUAUCUUGAGUGUUUACCUUCUAAAACAGCAGUUAUGGCAGACAGAGGCUUCAAAGACCUAUCUUAUUUGCUAGGAAAAAAGGAUUGUACUCUUAUAAGACCCCCUUCCGUGUACAAGUCUACUCCUAGUUCAAAAGAAGAUGUAAAGCAGUCAAAGAGAAUAGCAGCACUAAGGAUUCAUGUAGAACGUGUUAUAAAUAGAUUAAGAGAAUUUGCCAUGCUGCUACCUCAUGCUUGUGUUGACCAUAACUUAUUAUCUAUCAUAGAUGAAGUUAUAAUAGUAGCUUGUGGUCUAAUUAACAUGCAGGAUGUUUUAAUAAAAAAAUAGAUUUAUGAAUUU